AUGUACUUGGUUUUCUUCUACAAGAAAACCUCAACUCGUGACUUUGAUUCGGUCUUCUCUGACCUGAAACUCGGGUUGGAGGAGACUCUGUCUCUCUGGUAUCCCGCCGCCGGAAGGUUGGGUUUGGACGGAGGUGGCUGCAAGCUCAACCUCCGGUGUAAUGGUGGCGGAGCAGUCAUGGUGGAGGCGAUGGCGACGGGUGUCAAGCUGUCGGAGCUUGGUGACUUGACUCAGUACAAUGAGUUUUAUGAGACUUUGGUUUACAAGCCUUCCUUUGAUGGUGAUUUCUCCGUGAUGCCUCUCGUUGUUGCUCAGGUGACAAGAUUUGCAUGUGGAGGUUACUCAAUCGGAAUCGGAACAAGCCACUCACUAUUUGAUGGAAUCUCAGCAUACGAAUUCCUUCAUGCGUGGGCUUUCAACUCUCAAAUUCACAACAAAUCCAGUGGUAAGAUUACUAAUAAAAAGGAUCAUUUGGAUUUGGUCAUCAAACCGGUUCAUGCUCGUGGAAAUCUACUGUUUAACCGGGACAUGGACCAGAGCCAGGACGCUAUCCGAGUAACCAAGGCUGCAGCCAUUUAUCAUCUUUACCAGCUGAUCAAACAGGCCAUGAUGACCCAUCAGGGGCAAAACCGGAAUUUUGAGUCACCAGACUCUAGUUUUCUGAUCAAAACCUUCGAGUUUAAUGGUGAAGCGAUAGAGAGCAUGAAGAAGAAAUCACUAGAAGGCUUCUCAUGUUCCUCCUUUGAGUUUCUUGCUGCUCAUUUGUGGAAGGCAAGAACAAUGGCGUUAGGGUUGAGGAGAGACGCCAUGGUUUGUUUACAAUUCGCCGUGGACAUAAGGAAGAGAACCGAGCCGCCGCUGCCGGAAGGAUUUUCCGGCAACGCCUACGUGCUUGCCUCGGUGGCAUCCACCGCCGGAGAAUUACUCGAAGAACUUACAAUCGAGUCAAUAGUCAACAAGAUUAGAGAAGCCAAGAAGUCAAUUGAUCAAGACUACAUCAACGCUUACAUGGAAGCACUAGGAGGUGGUGAUCAAAGAAAUGAUGGGAAUCUCCCUCCUAUCAAAGAGCUAACCCUAAUCUCCGACUGGACAAAAAUGCCAUUUCACAAUGUGGGCUUUGGCAACCGCGGUGAGCCGGCGGAUUACGUGGCACCAUUGUGUCCUCCGGUGCCACAAGUUGCUUAUUUCAUGAAGAACCCUAAAGAUGGUAAAGGAGUUCUUGUGAGGAUUGGUUUGGACCCACGCGAUGUUGAUGAUUUUUCAAAUAAUUUCCUUGGUUACUAA